AUGGCGGAAGUGGUCCUCAUAGACAACCGACAGUCUGAACUCAGAGCUACAAGUGUCGCAGUCGUUUUGCUUGCAGUUGUUUUUGUUGUACUUCGAUUCAUAUCUCGGCGGAUGAACGGGAUUGGAAUUGGGAGUGAUGAUAUUAUGAUAUAUAUUGCUUUGUUCUUUCUCUUCAUGGCUUUUGCAACAUGUAUAAUUGGACUGUAUUUUGGACUGGGACGACAUACGGCAGCGCUGAGCACCCCCGAGAUUAUAUCAUACGCGAAGUCGCUAAUAGCAUUUGAAUGUCUAUACGUCACCUGUGUAUGCUUCACUAAGCUAUCGCUGCUAUUGAUGUACCACCGCAUUUUCCCAGUCCGCAGUAUUAAGAUCGGAUCACUCAUCCUUGGCGGCCUUUCCGUGGCAUGGUGUAUCUCCAUCAUUAUGGUGUCGGUCUUCCAGUGUGUUCCAAUCCAGAAGAUCUGGAAUCCUACUCUUGAGGGUCAUUGUAUCAAUCUGAAGUCAUCUUUUAUUGGAAAUGCUAUCCCUAAUAUCUUGACCGAUGUGGCGAUCUUGGCGUUGCCCAUGCAGCAAGUCUGGGGUUUACACACUAGUAUCAUGCAGAAGACACACAUCACAUUUGUCUUUUUGCUCGGAAGUUUCGUUAUUUUCACUAGUAUUUACCGCUUCACGACUCUUUUCCAAUUUCAGCCUGCAGACAUCACUUGGACACUAGCAACAGCGGAAGUAUGGUGCGUAGUCGAAUCAGCCUCGGGAAUAAUGUCCGCCUGCCUGCCAACCUUGGGCCCUCUCGUCCAAUUUUCCGCUCGAAAGCUCGGUAUAACAAGCGUUUUAACUCGGUCAUCGCAAGCACGCACUUCCUCUGCGGGUCCACAUUUACAAACAAUCGGCGGAUCAGGUGGACCAAAGAAGAGCAUCAACACUAGUGGGAAGUUCGACAGCUCUAAAAACAUAAGAGAAGGCUCAAGGCCGUUUCGUAGAUUAUCUGCGGUGUCCGGAAUUAGCGACGAGAGAGGGGACUGGAAAGGGGGAAGUAAUAUGAGGGCCACUGUGAGGACGCACGAUGUGGAGAGUGCGAAGAGUUUGGGGAGUGAUGAAAUACCACUGAAUAAUAUUGUUGUGAAUACGGAGAUAGAGUGGACUGAAUCCGGAUCAGGGAAGACCAGUAAGAAUAUUGAUGAGAGAGAUAUGUACUAA